GGGUCUCUUUUAGAAGUUCGGUUCGGUCAUCAGCAGGGUCCAAUCGUCAGGAGGAUUCGACUUCAAUGUGUUCAGGUUGGUUCCAUUAUCAUUUCUAUUAUAGAACCAACUCGCUAAACCUGUUAUGUCGACGUUUUUUUAAAGUGGAACCGCCAAUUUCUCUGUUUGUCUUAGCAUUUUUUCUCCUCGGUUAUGUCGAUUCUUUUAUGUCGCCGAACCCUGAUAUCUCGAGCACAAAAUGUGGCCAAAUGUGUCACUUAACCUCGGUUAUCUCGAUCCCCAUGACCAAUCGCCGGCUUUUAAAAGUUAUAUACAACAGAGACGUGCCUACUUCAACUGUUGUAAUUGAAAUUAAUGACAAUAUCGUCCGCGCAAAUAACUUGACACAGCGAGGAGUGAGAGGCUUGCAAACAAAAGAGAGAGGCGAGGUCGCAGUUCCUGUUCUAUUUAUAGCGAACCCGCUUGUCGCUUUAUUAGGCUUUCACGCGUUCUUACAGUUACAGUUACAGGUUGAUUUUUUAAAUUUUUUUAAACCCAGCAUCCAUAUUUGAAUAAACUGAACUGGCGACUCCGGGGGGAGAGAAAAUAAAAACUCGAGGAUCCGAAGCUGAAAAACAUUUAGCCUCACGAAUCCGGAAUUCUGGGAUAAUCUGGAAAAGUGGCACCCCACAUAUGCCUUGUGUUGUUAGCAAAUAUGUCUGUACAUUUUUACAGCACGCCAAUCGCUUCAUCAAACAAAUCGCGGUAACGCUGUUGUGUAAAAAAAAAAAAAACCUCCAAAAAGCACGUGCAUGUACAUUCUCAUUUAUAAACACACAUCGUGUACAUAAAGAAAUUUCAAACACAUGUUAAUAUAUUGCCGCCAUCUGGUUUUCGUUUAUCUCGAUCAUCGGUUAUCUCGACGCUUUGUGGCAAACCCCGAGGCCGUCGACAUAACCGGGUUCUACUGAAAAGAGGGGAGGAGCGGUCCGCUCUAUGGAGGCAGGGACGUAAGAAAAUGGUGCGGAGGUAACGGUCCGCCUCGGGGGGCACUUUUUAAAAAUUAAAUUUGGGGGCUGCAUUUUCGGCAAACUGAAUAGUUUUUUUCGAGGAAGAGGUCGGAAAAACUCUUUGGCCCCCCCCCCCCCCCCCCCCCCCCCCCCCACCAGGUGGCACUAACCUUUGCUACGCCACUGUAUGAAAGUGCCUAGUGUGAGAAAUAAGGCCUAAAAUGGCACCAAACUGAAAUCCAAUCCUCUUUAAUGCAGCAUUAAAACCGCUUUUUAUUCGAUCCUAUUUGGAAGAGUGGGGGUGGGGGCAUUAAUUUUUUUAUAGGUGAAUAGUUGGGUGUGGGGGUAAUUCAGCUUGGGAAGCUCUGCCAUAAGCGUGUUAAAUGGGUGUCCUCCCACACACACACACUUUUCGCCAGUUCAGCUGUUUGAUUCAACGAAAUAAUUAUGGCACUGGCACAGAAUUACAUAGCAAUAACUAUUUAAUGUUGUGAUGUCUUGAGAGUUUCAACACAAAGUAGCGGUAUGACGACACAUAUGAAACAUGGCGGUGAUUUCUUUUGAGACUUUAACAUAUAUUUAAACAUUUCACAGAUUAGUAUGUGGCAUUUAGCUGUCAGAAUUUUAGGGAUAGUUAUUAAUGUACGCACUUUCUGUAGACACCCCCCCCCCUUUUUUUUUUUCUUUUUACGCACCAUUACGCAUAAGCAUCAAAGUCAACAUAAUAAUAAUAAUAAAGCUUAUUUCAAAAUCACGCUUCAUCCCCAAAGGUUCUCUUCUCCCGCGCAGUGCCUACGUCAGCGAUGGAUGGACCCAUAUGAUCUGGUUCACAAACUUAAGUCUGGUAACUCUUAAUAAUCUUUAUUAUACUUCCUGGUAUUCCACACUGUAAAUUGCCAUAUGCGCCUGCUGACGCCCGUAACCCCACCCCCACCCCAAAAAAGGGGGGGGGGGUAAGCCACAUGCGGAAAAAAGGAGGGGGGGGGGCGAAAAAAUGCAUAUUUUGUGCGGACCCUAUGUAUGUAUGUAUGUAUGUAUAUAUGUAUGUAUGUAUAUGGAGAGCCGGGUGAGUUGCCACACUGUUUUUAUAUUUUUAUCGACAUUUCUAUUGAAUUUUGAUAUAAUUGAAGUAACAUUUUACUCAGAGUGGUUCAUUCAUUUGAGGUUAAUUUGGUUAGAGUUUAAUUAACAUAAAGCAGACCUGCACAAGAUCCGGCCGGCGGGCCACGUUCGGCCCGCCAGCACCCACUUUGCGCCCCACAAGUAACGAACUAUUCUUUUUUAUUAUUAUUUUCAUAAUAGUUUCCCACUUCCCCGGUCCUAUUUUCAUUGGGUCCGCAUAAGGUUUUCAUAGAUAAAGUAUUACAGCCCGCCUUACAUUUUGAGUUGUGCUGGCCUGACCUAUGGGGUGCCAAUUUUGAUAUAGCCGUUUCUAAAAGGACUCCAGCGUGUGACAUCCCGUACUACCCAAUGGGAUGGUUGUCAAACAGUGUUGGGUAGGUUGUCACAUAGUGUUAUGUAGGUUUUCACAUCAUGUUUUAGUUAUUUACCUCAGUUAAUUUAGACAAAAUAAAUAAAAAAAAUAAUAAUCUGUCAAUCAGUUCACUUAUCUGAAAUUUCAGCUAAAGGGAAUCUCGGAUAAUUGAAGGGCCCAAAGUUAUGAUGUGGAAAAUGAAAAUUAAAAGAAAUUAUUUUUUAAAUUGAUUUGAAUAGCUUCAUAUGUGACUAAUGUGACACACUCAAAAAUUUUAAAAAAUAUAAAAAAAAUUAAAAAAUGUAUAUAUCAACUAAAUAUAUUUUAACCCAUUAGCCUAAUGAAAGAAGCUGUCCUAACGGUCCAUCACUAGUUUUAGUUUUACAGUUAAGUAGGAGGGAAAUCUCACAUACAAUCCCCCCCCCCCCACCUUUUUGUUGUGCAUAUCCUUAAUAGCCUAUCUUCAAACAAUAGUAAAAAUGGCUUUUUUAAUAUCAUUAUUUAGAUUUUGAAUCACCCACUAAUGUAGAAAUCGGGGAGUGGGCGUCACUUUUUUGGAGGAGCAUUUCUCAUCACGUGCAUUGAAAAGAAAGUUUUGUUUAUUUUUUCUGGGGGUGGGCUGGUUAGUCUUGCGAGUUGGGUGUCAAAUGGUUAUAUUUUAUAGGGCCUAAAAUAUGACAUAUAAAAAUAAGAAUGUUCCUAUUUUGAAAGAGCCGCUUCACUGCUUCAUUUCACAACAUCAUUAUUCAAAUUCAGAUAUCUAAAUAACCCAUGGGUCGCAUUCUUUUUUUUUUUUUUUUUUUUUUUUUUUUUUUUUUUUUUUUUUUUUUUUUUUUUUUUUUUUUUUUUUUGUUUCUUUGUUUGUUUCUUGCAACUGUCUAAAUGUGCUAUGAUCCUGUCAACUCCAACAGUUAUGAAUAAAAAAAUCUAUUUUUACAUACAUGAAAAUCGUAUUCACGCCACUGAAGAGUCACAUGAUCACCACUAUAAACAAAAUGUCGUCCGAAAAGUUUGAGUCGCUGGAAGAAGACCUAAAUACAAUUCUUGAUGAAUUAAAAACUCAAGUUCAAAAUUUAUCCCAUUCCAGUGGAGGUAAAAAAAAUUCCCAAUUAGUUUAGUGCAUUUACAUACUCCUUAUUAUUUCGCUUUUUAAACAGUAAAGUUAGGCUAACUUAUACUUAUUUAUAACUACUACUUUGAAUGACGAAUUAUAAAAAUAAAAUUAAUAAUAAUUAUAGUAUAGUUAUAGUCAAAGACUAACAAGUAACAUUACUAAGAACUGUCAAAACUGGAGUAGGUCUAGAAGGAAGAAUUCAUAUAAAAGCCUAAUUUCUUUGGCUGAUUGAUAAAUUAUAAGUGCCUACAUUCUUCUACAUUACUGUGCAAGAAAUACUAUUUUGCCUAUUUUACAAUUAAAAUUAGUUUUACCAAUUUUUCUCAGAGGAGCGUAAAAGUUUGCUCAGGAGAGUUGAGCGAAAACUGGAAGAUGCUAACAUUAUUGUAAGUAGAAAAUGUGAUACUGAUACUAUUUAUGUUUUACAAUUAAUUAUUAAAUAUUGAAUAAUUGCACAUAAUGCCAGUACAUGGAUUCAGCAACGUACCCUACCAGCCAGAACCAGAAUUAUAAAUUAUAAUUGAUUAAUCCGUUCCUGGCAGUGAAUAACAACACUAUGGAUACCAGUCCUUUUUUUAAAAAGUACUUCAACACUUUGGCGUUAAACUCCUCCACUUGAGCAUAAGUAUCCGGCAUGCCUUUCACUAAAUUAUCUUGAAGGCUUUCUCAGAAAUUAUUGUCUGAGAAAUUAUCCCCAGCCAGCUUUUUCUCAUUAAUCCAAACUCAGAGGAGUUUUGUUAUCUCUUCCAUAAUUUUUUUUAUCUCCUAGAGGUCAGUGUUGUAACCUCUUUCCCCACAUCAUUGGCUUUGAUAGGUUAUUUAUUUUUCAAAAUCAUAAAAACAGAUGAUAUAGGCUUUCUGAGCAAAGUAGCGAGAUCAGCCACAUGUGGACCACUUUCAUGCUUAGCGAUAAGAUCUUUCUUAUCUUCAAUUGUAGUUCUAACAGCUCUCCUCUUACUCUAUUUUUCUCACCUCACUUUUUAGGACCCAUUGCGAAAACACUUUGUCGUUAGGUAUAUAAAAAAAUAACACAAAAGAGGCAUAAAUUUAGCAUCAAAAAUCACACAAGAUCCUUUCACUACAGCGUCCUACAACAUAAUGGACAAGAAAGCAUACAAGUGGCUUGAGUGCUGGGUAAAUGUACUCUAAAAAACACUCAUACAACGCAUUCCGAUUCCAAAGUAGUAUUUGGAUUUAGGGCAAAAAUUUGCUCAGACUUUGCUAAGAUUCCAAGUUGGUUUUAGUUUUCUAUUGAGUUCAGGAACAUUCCCAUGCAAGGUAUCACUAUAAAGGAAAAAACACUCAGGAUUUUAAUAGUUUAAUAUGUAACAGAUACUGUUGUUUUUUUUCAGGUACAAGAACUUGAGAGUGAAGCGAAAUUAGCACCCAUGAACUAUAGGACACAGCUUCUUGGGAGACUAAGACAUUACAGAAAUGAUCUAGAUCAGUUUGCAAGGAAUCUGGUAUGUUCACUUAUAUUAACCUAUCCAAGCCCAUUUUAAAAUUAAUAUACAAUAAUUUCAUGAAAAAAAAAAGUUUGUAAUUCUUCGUUUAUGUAAAUUUCUUCACGCAGUAAAACAAAUUUGUGUUGGGCCAAUCAGAAUUCAGCAUAUAUAAAUGAUUCAAAGGGAAAUUAGGAACCUAAAUGUUUAGGAGCAUGCUGUAAAAGAAAAUUAUGGUGUAAGAACCAGCAGCUGAUUUAUGAACGCAAUGAAGACACAUACAAACAAUAAAAAUGUCACGUUUGAUAAUAAUCAACUUAAUCUCUUAAUACAUAAAUGAAACAUAGUACACAAGAAGCGGAAGUUAUGGCGCAAUGAAACUUGUUAAAUACAUUUGUUUACUAAGUGAGCACCAAAUAAUAAAUGAAAUAGCAAAAUGAGGUUUGUGGAAGCUUGAAUUUAAAGACAGGACAAUAAGAUUAGAAUGUUUCGGCAUCGAGCCUUCUUCAGCGCACAGGGCAAAUGAAAAUAUCACAAGGAACAUAGCACAGUAAACAACUAAAAAAAAACUUAUCAAAUAAUAAUAAUGUCUUUGUCCCAAUAAAGGUUGCUGUUUGUUUCCUGUAUAAAUUUAUUAAGUUGGAUCAGUUGUGUGAGUGAAACAAGUUAAAAAGCAGGGCGGUUGGCCUCUCCAUAAGAAUCCUGUAUAUGUUAAACAACCCCUACACCCUCUGAAAAAGUGCAGAGCUCUAAAAGAUAAUUGCACAUGGUGUCAACAUUAUGUGCAAUAUGUACUAACAAGACUGUACAGAUGCUCAUUAACACAUUGGCCACUGUCCAUUUACUUUAUGGAUUAGAUUCCCAAGAGUUCAGUUAUGCGAGGGGAGCAGGUAGGGUUAGGUGUAGUAUGAUGCCUGAGGGCACCAAUAUUUACUAUGCAUAUGUAUGAAGUAUGCAAAAACGAUAAAAUACUGGAUACACUUAUUAUCUAAUCCAAGUCUGCGACAUAGUGAUAAUGAUAAGGAUGGUGUUAAUAUUAUCAAAUACUAGAUAAAUAAAUAUUAGGAAAUUAUAAUUUAUUAUUUCCUUCAUCUGUCAAUUAAACUUAAAUAGAAUAGAAAUUAUUAGAAAACAACCGUGGCACAGAGUCAUAUCUUGGAGUCAGAGAAAUAACAAUGAAAUUUACAUAGCAAUAGCAAACAACCCUGACACAGAGAUAUACCUAGGAGUCAGAGAAAUAACAAUUAAUUCCACCCCCAAAGCUCUGAUGCCUGUUUCUGUGAUGUUUACUUAAUGCCUGUUGCUGUGAUGUUUACUAAAUGCUUGUCGCAGUGAUGUUUACUUAAAGCUUGUCGCGUUGAUGUUUAUUUAAUGCCUGUUGUAUACUUUUAGAAACGUGGAAAUGGUGCAGGCUCAAGUGGCAUGGAUAAUUCUGGGUUUGAUAGGGAAGAGGUGAGUAAGUUUCUUUGCUAUUCAACUUUUUCUAUUGAUUACUGUAUUUCAUUUUUAAAAGAGGUACCAUGCAUUAGUUAAUUUUAUUUUAAACAGAUGAUGUUUAAUUAACUUUUAGCGGAGUAAAUUUAGAUAACACAGGAAUUAAUCUAUUGUUGACACACCCCUUCUGGUUAAAACAAAUUUUCUUGACGAAAUCUUCUCUAUUAUUUUACAUUUACAGCGAUUAGAAUCUUCAAAUCGGGCAAAGCUGUUUCAGGGGCAUCAGUCCCUCCAACGUGCCAGCGACAGUAUAGCAAGGUCUCAUCAGAUAGCAGCAGAGACGGAUCAGAUAGGCGUUGAAAUUAUUGAUGAGCUGGGGUCACAGAGGGAAACAUUGCUCAGGACAAAAGGGCGGGUAAAUAUCUAACAUGUCAUGCAAUUUAAAUUUCAAAUAGAUCUAUUUCAAAUAGAUUUAGUUAUAGUCAAUGAAACGGAUUAUAGUACAGGUCCCAUAUUUUUUUUGUAUGUAGAAUGCACCAAAAAAACAAAAUGCCUCGCAUUGAUAAUGAUUCCUUUGUUACUAAAUAUUAAGACACCCUUAUAUGGUAUGCCCAGGGUUCUGGACUGGAGCUGGAGAUCUGAGCUCUGGAGCAGGUUCUUUUGUCCCAGAGCUGAAGCUGAGCUGGAGCUGAUAAAAUUUCUUACUGCUCCGAGUCCGAAAAUUUAAUUACUUAAUUUUAAAUAAAAUUAUUAAAAUUUAUGUAUUAAAAUUGAUGCCUCCACUCUUCUACCAGUUAUUUUGCCCCAUUCUUCUACCAGCUGUUUUGCCAUUCUUCUACCAGCUAUGUUGCCCCACUCUUCUAACAGCUAUGUUGCCCCACUCAAAAUUCUACCAGCUAUGUUACUGGUACAAACAUUUCUAAUGCCUAGUUAAUAAGAUGGGUAAGUGACAAUAAUAAACACAUUUCUUUAAACACUUAGCACCCCCUUAACCAUCCUCUAACUGGAGAAUGGAGCAGAGCUGGGUGUGACUAAAAUUUGUCCAGAGCAGAGCUGGAGUGGAGCUUGGCCAAAAGAAAUUCUGCUCCAAAUCCCUGUUUAUGACACACCAGUUGAAAACUUCUGGGCUGGAUGAUUUAUCUUUGUCCACUUGAAAUCUGCUCUCAAACUUAAAUAGUUCUUGUUCAAGUCGGAGUGAUGGACAUUAGUCUUUCUCAAAUGGUUGUCUGCAGACCGGUGCCGGCCUGUGAGCCUUACAUUGCACAACAUGAAUAUUUAUGGUUGAAUAAAAAGAAAAUAUAAUUAAUAAAUCUGGCACCAGUCCCUGAUCCAAUUUCAAAAUGUGUCCACUGGUCAACUUAAUCGUUUGGGAAACACUGAUAUACAUAGCGUAAUUAACUGGUGACUGAAUGUAUUAAUUUUAUGUUCUUGAUUGAUGAGCUCUUGAAGUGUUUCAUCAAUGUAAUCCUUCACACCAGUGGGAUAUUCAGGAUUGCUGAUUUAGCCAUCACUGUUAGGAUUCCAAAUAACCAGCCUUGGUUCUAUCAGGGAUUAUCAGGCUGAAGGGAACAUCCCCAAAUGACCAGCCUUGGUUCUAUCGGGGAUUAUCAGGCUGAAAGGAACAUGCCCAAAUGACCACUAGAACUGAAUGAUGAUGGCCAUUUCUAACUCUCCAGGCAACCGACACACAUUCUUUGAUGAGUCUUGUAAUUAGCUUUGGUGGCACUGGUAAUAGUCCCUGUCUUAGAAGUCAGUUUAUUGAAAAGUAAAGUAAAAUAUGUUUAGCCUGAUUGAGAUCUGAUGCUGGACCAAUGUCUUUUGACAGCUUGGGGAUACCAAUGCAAGUUUAUCUGAGAGUCGGCAAAUACUGAAAGGGAUGGCGAGAAGGUAACCAUUUGCUUCAACUAUCUUUUGUCAACGUUAGUGUUUACUAUUGACUUGGAUGUGUUUAACAUAUUAAUGCAUUAAUGGCAACUGUUAUGAAUAGCAGUCACUAAGGUCCAUAAAGUUUUAUAAGACCUCUUGUUUAAAACAUAAAACUCUUCUGAUAAACUCUUAUGACUGUAAAGAGAUAGAUUUAAUCAUUUCAUUAUCACUUCAUUGAAAUUCGGUUACAAUUAGAGUGUAUAGAAAUUACAAUUAAAUCAUAAGAUUUAGAUUAUUUAUGGCUUUUAAACAUUGAAAAGUUGUGAUUGGAAAAUAUAUAUAUUGAUAUUUUGUAGUUUCUAAUGAUUAUGUUUUUAAAGUACAAAUGUGUCUGCCAUAUUAUUCCUUGUUAAAUGAAAUUUACUCUCAAUUUGGCAUCUAAACAGUAUUUUAAAAUUUUGCCUUUCAAAGGCUUUCUUCUCUAUUUGGUUACCAAACAGUAUUCAACAAGUAUAUGACAUUAAAAUAUCCAUGUAUAUGCCAUUAAAAUACACAUACAACACAUUUCAUUAAAAUACACAUAUAAUGCAUCAUUAAAAUAAGUAAAUAAUAUAUACCAUUAAAAUACUCAUAUAACAUGUCAUCAAAAUACACAUUCAAUGUGUCAUUAAAAUUCAUAUAUAAUAUAUACCAUUAAAAUACAAAUACCGGUAUAAUAUAUGCCACAAAAUUGCCCAUAUAAUAUAAGUCAUUGAAAUACACAUAUAAUAUUUGUCAUUAAAAUUAAAUACAGUUUUCCCUCUUUUCAAUGUUUUCCAGGAUGAUGACAAACAAACUGAUACUAGCUAUAAUAAUCUUACUGGAGUUGGCUUGUCUGGCUGGUGUAAUAUACUGGAAGUUCUUCAGUUAACACCCAGUGGGAGAUGUGUCAUUCCAGUCAUCUGCACCAAUAAAAUAUAUACAAUAAUGACAGACCUGAAUUCUAGAGUAAAUGUGUGAUAACCUAAAGCUGCUGUGAAGGAAGCAAAAUGAAGCUAUCAGAAGUGCGGUUUCCACGAGGACCAUGCGCUACUGUUAUAAAAUCUUUUUUAAAAACAUCUUUGUUAUUGUAGACAAUUUUGUGGUUGUUUUUGUUUACAUACUGGGUUGUUUUUGUUUACACAUACAUACUGCUUUGUUUUUUUUUUACAUUAGUUACACAUAUGCAGUGUGUUGAGUUUGUUUACAUUAGUUAAACAUACACACUGCGUUAUUUUUGAAUAGCUGAAUAUAGAAUAAAUUAUUUUUUUCUGUUACUUAUGCAGACUUGUAAAUUAUUUUUCUUGAUGACAUAGCACAACAAAGAUUUUGUUACUGAACAAACUCUGGUGGGUUAUAUUUGUUUUAAAGUGCUGAUAGCGAAUAUGAAGUCAGAAUCUGCCCAGCACGUCUAGAUUUUAAGUUAUGCAUGCAUUCAAGUAAUAUGGAUACAUUACUACUUUUGAUAGCCUGCCAAACAUGUUUUGAAAUGAAUGCUUUCCUCUAAAUGCAUACAUAUAUUUGUAUUUGCUUUAAAAGCAUUGUCAUAAGAUUAUUUUUUCUUAAAUUUUAUUGUUUUGUUCAAUAGAUUCAGGCAUGAUUUUUUAUUAAGACUUAAAUUUGACUUUUAGAUUUUUUUAGUUAGAAAACAAACAAAAAAUUUCUUAUUGCAAAUAGGAUACAUUUUUAAUUUAAGUUAUACAAAAAAUAAUAUUUUGUGUUGUUAUGACUACUCUUCAGUAUAAUCUGAGUAUAAUCUUUGAAAAAUCUAAGCAAAAGCUGAGUAUAAUCUGAGUAUAAUCACACAUUUAAGAGAAUACUAUUCCUUUAAAGAGUUUGACCAUUUAAUUGUGCAUGUGAAGCCUGCAUAACCUAGGAUCCUGACCUCCUACAAAAUAUCUGCAUCAGCAGACUCGAUUUAGUAAAUUACACAUGAUAGUGAUAGCAUAGAUAUGUACCCAGUGGCAGACAAAAAAAAAUUAAUUAAAAAAAAAAAAUUUGUCUUGUGGUAUUUGUGGCACAAGUAUGUUUUCUUUUGUUGAGUUCACGAUCAAAGUUUUCAUCUUUUAUCUAUCAUUUAAAUAUGUAACAAUAGACAUACAUUUUAAAAAAAUUUAAUAAAACACUUGUAUAACUAAUUUAACUUCAUCUUGAUUUAAGUGCAUUAAUUUGAAUUUCUGUUCAAAUACAGAAAACAGUUUCUGGUUAACAUAACGUUUAUUGAGACCAUUAAUUUUUGUUCUUUAAACACAACCAAGUCAGCUUUGAGACAUAAAAAGCCACAGUUUUCUGUAGUUGUUUUUUUAAAUCUUUGGUGUACAUUUUUUUGUUUUGUAAAUUAUUUCCAUUUUCUUUGCAGUGAGUGUGCAAUAAAUGAUGCGCAGCAUGCAAUUCUCAACAUGAGAAAAAGUUAGAGCUCAUUCCACAGCUAUUUAUCAUGGGAUGACGGCCUACAUCUCAUUAAUGCACUUUUUGUUUUGUGUACCCGAAAGUACCCUGUCUUUUAAUAUUAAGAGAAAUGCUUUCAUAAAAUGUGUAAAAAUGACAAUUGAUUUGGCUAUGUUAUAGUUAUAGUUAAAAUAUACACAUUUUUAAUGAAAGAUGUCUGCCAUAUCCAAAAAUCAUCAAUUUAAAUGAGUAAUCUUUCUGCAUCGUGUAAAAGGAUUAAUGGAUUUAUUAUAUGUUCUUCCAGAGGCGCAAGUACCGAGUGUUUUGAAAUCUCUAGUUUUGAUUGGACUGAAUUCUCUCACAUUAGACAAUAACUUGGAAAUAAGUAUGCACAUAUGUUUGCUGAUAUAUUGUAUUUGUACAGCAAAACACGCUCUUUAAUGCUACAAGAUUUUGUAUCCAUUGAUGAUUUUCAACUCCAUCAUGACCUUUGAUUUGUACAGUCAACCAUGAUGAAUAUUUCACACCAUGGCUUGAUGGUGCCAUUCUUCUUGUGGGGAUGCCUGUUUGCAUGAUGAUCUUGUUGUAGAUUUUUUUAAAAUCUGGCUUUCUUUUCUAAUGAAAACUUCAAUUCUUUGUUAUUUUGCUUCAUUAAGUUUACACACCUUCAGAAAACUGACAGCGCCAUGUCAGGGGAAAUAAAAACUACAUGAGUCGCUUUUAUGAAACUGGAUUCGCUUAAUUUUCUAGUUAUCAAGUUUGUUUUCAAGUUGAUAUUCAAUAAAUGGUGAAUGUAUUUUUAUCAUAUUUUUUGAGAAGGAUGUUGAUUUUUAAAUAUAUUUUUUUCCUUAAGGAUGCACAUCUAUAUUUAGUUUUGACUAGUUAUAAAAAUUGAAAAGGCAUUUGCACUUUUCUCGAUAUGUACAUUGACUAUGCUGUUAAUUUCCUAUUUAAACAUGGUAUCAUGAUAUUUUUACCAAUGAAAUGUUUUUGUUUACAUAUAAAUCUAUGAGCUUACUGCAUGUUUGUAAAUAAAAUUGUGUAAAGUGUUACUUAACUAUUUGGCUCAAAUGAAUA